AUGUCGAAGGUAGGUGUCUUGGUAAUGGGGCCCGCUGGUGCGGGCAAAAGUACUUUCUGCAAUGCAAUCAUCUCGCACAUGCAGACGAUAGGGCGUAGAGCUCAUAUUGUCAAUUUGGAUCCGGCCGCAGAGGCGAAGGAAUACGAAUUUACGAUUGACAUAAGAGAUCUGAUAUCUCUAGAGGAUGUCAUGGAGGAACUGCAUUUGGGACCCAACGGGUCUUUGCUAUAUUGUUUUGAGUAUCUGAUGAACAACCUGGACUGGCUGGAAGAAGAGCUGGGAGAAUAUAACGACGAGUAUUUGAUAUUUGACUGUCCAGGUCAGAUCGAACUAUACACCCAUAUUCCUGUUCUUCCGGCAAUCGCUCGCCAUUUGCAAACACAGCUCAACUUUAGCCUUUGUGCGACAUAUCUUUUGGAAGCCCCAUUCGUGGUGGACUCAUCCAAAUUCUUUAGCGGGGCACUCAGUGCCAUGUCUGCUAUGAUACUUUUGGAGCUGCCGCACAUUAACAUAUUGAGCAAAACUGAUCAGAUUAAAGACGAGUACAGCAAAAGAAAACUGAAGCGUUAUUUGAACCCCGAUCCCACGCUGUUACUGGAUUCUACCAAUGAAACCUGGAACCCUCGCUUCCAAAAGCUCAACAAGACAAUUGCCAACUUGGUCGACGACUUUGGAAUGGUUCAGUUUCUGGCUCUUGAGGCCAAAAAUCCAGAAAGUGUAGCUAGCAUCUUAAGCUACAUUGAUGAUGUUACGCAAUGGGCGGAGGGCCAAGAGCCUAAAGAGCCCAACGAUCAGAUUGAACUAGAGGACAUGUAG